GAGUGCGAGAGAAUCCCUCUGAAAAAAAAGCUUUCAAUAUUUAUGUAUCUCUCUCUAGAAUUCUAAUGGAGAAGGCAUUACAGGCAAAGUGGGAAGGGAAGGUCUCAGCAAAGCUAUCAAACGCCACAGUAGACCAAAUAUGGCCUCUAUUCACAGACUUCUUCAACUUCCAAAAGUGGUUCCCAAGUCUAUCCACUUGCCACGGCAUCCACGGCACCAACGGUGAUCCCGGCUGCAUCAGAUACUGUUCCGGAUUUUCGAUCCCAUCCAACGUUGGCGACAAACCCGUCAGCUGGUCAAAGGAGAGGCUGAUAGCCGUUGAUCACGCCCAACACAGCUUAACCUACGAGAUAGUGGAUAGCAACAUUGGGUUCGAGUCAUACGUUUCGACGGUGAAGAUCGUUCCUGGAAGUGAUCCUGGUGAUGAUCAUGAUCAUCAAUGUGGUUGCGCGAUUGAGUGGUCCUUCACCGUUGAUCCCGUGGAGGGGUGGGCAUUGGAUGAUCUAGUAAGGAAAUACGAAGAGGGUAUACAACGAAUGGCCCAGAAAAUGGAGGCUUCAUUUGGAAAUAGAGUGAAAACAAGCACAGGCCAAAUGGGAAGGAAAAGUUUCUGCAAGGCUAGUCAAAUCCAGCGUCAACCAAAUAUGGCCUCUAUUUACCGACUUCUUCAACAUCCACAAGUGGUUUCCUGUCGUGGAGACUUGCUACGCCGUCCAUGGUAACAACGGUGAGCCCGGCUGCAUCAGAUACUGCUCCUCGGGAUCCAUAAAAACAUCAUCAAACG